AAACAAUUUUUAACCUCCAGAUUCAAAAACAAUGGGAUGAAGAAUAAACCUCUUUGUAAUUGCUCUCUCUCUUGUACUUUUCGAAUUCAGGACCCAAGGAAUAAACAAUUUUUUUACACCUCAAUUAGGGAGGGUUUUCCAAACCUGUGUGAGUUGUUAAAGUGGUGGCAGUUUGCGAGCCUAUCGACUAAAGUCGCUGUUGGAUGGUCUUUACCACGAAUAACGGAUAUCAUUCUAAAUCUUUAUCAUGAAGCUGGAUCAAACAAGUGAUGAGUCGUCGAAUACAUUCCUGUCGAAGGUUUGUCGCCCGGUCACUGUGAUGCACCAAACCAUAAUCGAUAAGCUCUAUCCGUAUAGGAUAACUAGAUGGCUGUUUGCAUUGCUGUUAUUUGCUAUUUACGUGCUCCGGAUAGCAACUAUUCAGGGCUUUCAUAUAGUUAGCUAUACUCUCGCAAUAUAUUUGUUGAGUUUAUUCAUAUCAUUUAUUUCUCCAAAAGUAGAUCCUGCUGCUGCAGAUUAUUCGGAUGAAAUCCCUACACUUCCACGAACUGUAGGUGAAGAGUUCAGACCUUUUAUACCAAGAUUACUUGAAUCAAAAUUCUGGUUUCUCUUCUAUUAUGCUAAUGAUAAUUGUAAUAGCCGAGUAUGUAGUCACAACAAUUCCUAUAUUGCUUCCAUGCUCUCCACCGUCCGUGCCGUUGCAGUCAGUAUAUUUUGCACAUAUCUUCCAUUCUUGGAUAUUCCAGUAUUUUGGCCGAUACUAGUAAUGUAUUUUAUAAUGUUGUUUGCUAUUAUGAUGAAGAAGCAAAUUAAGCAUAUGAUCAAAUAUCGCUACGUUCCAUUUACUUAUGGGAAACCGAGACCUGUCGGAUCAAACAAUAAGGAACAAGCAUCUCCUGUGAUUAACUCAUGACAUAUAGUUAUAAAUAAGUUGUCUUCUUAUCUCUCUAAAUCACUGUGCUUCUUCAUCUUUUGUUCAUUUUCGGUAUUUGUACAUAGUUGUUUUGAUCUUAUCUUUGACUGUAUAUGAAGUUUUGAUUGUAUUUUUAUGCUUUAAAAGAGGAUGUUGAUUACUGAAAACUAAAUUGUCUUUGUUCUAAAUCACGUAGUUUGUAUAUUUCUUUUUGUCGUUGAAAAAUCUCUUGUUCUUUUCUUGAAUAAAUUUUAAAGCACAAAUCCAGAUAUUUUCAUUUUACAUAGGUAUGUACGGUAACUUCGGUAACCGAAGUUGUGAUACCUUUGUUUUACACAUUUCAAGAUACUUCUAUCUUUUAAAUACCCUCUAUUUAUGGCAAUAUACUUGUUCCAUCUCUUCCUCCAUUGUUCUAAGCAUCUUUUGCGAUCCUCGAAAGUCAAACCCUUCUAGCUAUCUCCUUUUCUGUUUUAUUUUCUUUACAUCGUUUUCAUUCCCCCAUUUUCACAGUCGUCUUGGAUUUCAGGAAUAAAAGCCCUAAGUCUAGUGAAUAGAGUAAUCGAAAUAUAUAAUGGGAACUUACGGUCAGUCACUGCUGAUUGUCCCGACAAAUGGCCGUAUUACUGGUGUCCAUCAGGAUCAGAUAAAUUACGAAUAUUUUUCUUAGCAUUUCAUUUCCUGCUUUAUUAUUAUUAGUUAUUAUGUCCAUAAAUAACAAUCUUAGUAACUUUAUUCAUAUAUUCACUGGAUAGACUAUACGUCCCAUCAGUUUAACCAGUUCAGAUUAAUUAAGAUUCAUUUCACUGCUGAUAAGUUAAUUGUACAGAGAUGGUAUUAAUUCGUGAUUGUUACCGUUUAAGUUCGUACAUUACUGUACAUUGGUUACACCAUUUUCUUGUAAUGUGACAGUCAUUUUGUUAUUGGGCAUCAACGUCUUUCUGUAUCUAUACUUUGAUUAUAUAACUCGUAGUUAGCCUCGAAACUAAGCUGCUAGCUCGCUUAAUGGAAUCAUGUUAUUGACAUGGUCCUGAAAUCGUGUCUCAAGUUGAAUUUCACUCAGUCACAUGUCGUUAUACCAUGAUCAUAAUAAUGGAGAGUCAUAAUGGAAGCCUGUUACUCCUCGUGAAGGAGCAUAGGCCGCUCACCAGCAUUCUCCAUCCAACCCUGUCCUGGGCAAUCCUUUCUAGCUCCGUCCAGUUGUUAUUCAUCCUUUUCAUAUCUGCUUCUAUCUCCCGACGUAAUGUGUUCUUUGGCCUUCCUCUUUUUCGCUUCCCUUCAGGAUUCCAAGUUAGGGCUUGCCUCGUGAUGCAGUUUUGAUGAUUUGCAUAAUGUAUGUCCUAUCCAUUUCCAUCGUCUUUUACUAAUUUCCUCUUCAUCUAGAGGCUGGUUUGUUCUCUCUCACAGAAGGCUAUUGCUGAU